AUGAGUCAAGGAUCAGAGGCAACGCCCGCCGGGGUCACCGUUGUGCUCGGUGCCCAGUGGGGCGAUGAAGGCAAGGGCAAGCUCGUCGAUAUCCUUGCCGCCGAAGCGGACAUCUGCGCUCGGUGUGCCGGAGGAAACAAUGCCGGACACACCAUCGUGGUCAAGGACCCGAAGGGCGUCAAGACGACCUAUGCGUUCAACCUGCUCCCGAGUGGCUUGAUCAACCAAAAGUGCACUGCCUUCAUCGGGUCCGGCGUGGUCGUCCACAUUCCCUCGCUGUUCAAUGAGCUCGACACUCUGGAACGCAAAGGCCUGAGCUGCGCCGACCGGUUGUUCGUCUCUGACCGCGCCCACCUCGUUCUCGGCUUCCACCAGAUCGUCGAUGGACUCAAGGAGAUUGAACUCGGUGGUUCAUCUAUCGGCACCACCCGCAAGGGUAUCGGACCCGCUUACUCGUCCAAGGCCAGCCGGUCCGGACUUCGGGUGCACCACCUGUACGACCCGUCUUUCCCGGCCAAGUUCCGGAACUUGGUUGAGGGGCGGUUCAAGCGGUAUGGACACUUUGAGUUUGACACCGAAGGCGAGAUUGAGAUGUACCUCGCUUUUGCGGAGCGUCUCCGCCCGCACAUUGUCGAUGGCCCUACUUUCCUCCACAACGCCAUUAAGCAAAACAAGCGGAUCCUCGUCGAAGGCGCCAACGCGCUCAUGUUGGAUCUCGACUACGGAACCUACCCCUUCGUCACUUCCUCGUCGACCGCUAUCGGCGGUGUCUGCACCGGUCUCGGUCUCCCCACCUUCGCUAUCAAGCGGGUCGUCGGUGUCGUAAAGGCCUAUACCACCCGUGUCGGUGGUGGACCCUUCCCGACCGAGCAGUUCGGCACCAUCGGCGAGACCCUGCAAGAGGUCGGAGCUGAAUACGGUACCGUCACUGGUCGGCGAAGGCGGUGUGGCUGGUUGGACCUGGUGGUCAUGCGUUACUCUACCAUGAUCAACGGGUACACCAGCUUGAACUUGACCAAGCUCGAUGUUCUGGACGGGUUUGAGGAGAUCAAGAUUGCGACAGGCUACGUGGUGGACGGUGUCGAGAUUGACGGGUUCCCUGCCGACCUCGACCGCCUCGCCAAGGUCGAAGUCACCUACGUCACCCUCCCCGGCUGGAAAUCCGACAUUACCAAGUGCCAGACCUUUGCUGAGCUUCCCGAAACGUGCCAAAAGUACUGCAAGUUCGUUGAGGACUUCUUGGGCGUCAAGAUCCAGUACAUUGGUGUUGGACCUGGGCGGGAGAGUUCCAUACAAGUGUUCUAG